AUGCAAAGAGUUCAGUUAAACAAAAGCUUUUAAACAAGUUAGACGCUUAGAAGCGUUGAUCGCAAUUUAGUGUUUUGUUUUCAAACUUAGUUUCGCAUUUUUUACCACCAACAGUUGCCGGUAGCUGGGUGUGUGAAUAGUGUUCUGUUCAUUCAAUCAAAUUGCCAAACGAAAACGACAAGCAUCAGCUAGUGGGGUGCCGUACAUUGCAUUAACAGCGGGCAUCACAGCAGAAAUUUUCAGUUCAAACAAAAGUAAAUCAAAUAGAAAAAAGUUUUGCAAAUUUCCCUGUAAUGAAUUGUUUGAUCAACAAUCAAAUUUUGUAAAUAUUUAAAAUAACAGCAACAACAAAAAAUAUCGCAAAAUAAAAAGUCAACAAAUCACUGCACUCCGCGGGCUCCGAAAAAAAAAAAAUAUUUAAAUACAAUAACCACCAACCAGCAACAACUGCUGAUUUUCGCAUGCGGCUUUUCAUGUAGACGACCACAACGAUCCCUUGAAAAUACAAAACGCCAAACCAAACUAAAAACCAUUAAACAUCAGAAAAUCAAAACUCAAACAAAAACGAAAAAACCAAACAAAAUAAACAACAACAGCAGCACCAGCCAAGUACCAACAACAGUAGCAGCCGGUUAGCAGCUAGUAACACGCUCCAAAGAUGAAAGAAAUCAAAAGUAAUAUUUUCUACAGGCAUUUAAUUGUCAUCGUUGCCGUUGUCGUGACGCUAAUGUGCAAUUAUGUUUGCUCAACUCCCAUGAUGUACAAACGCAAUCCGGACGAUAAAUUUGAAAGAGAUUUGGUGCCGGUCUCCUCAACCGUCAUACCAUUGACUGCCGUCGAAGUCAGCUAUGGUUUGGGCGGUCAGCCAAGCGAGGAAUACAAAGAGGCCUACUUGAAGAAAUUGCGCAAAAAAGUUCAUGAACACGAUAAAAGUGCAAGUGAGAAGCUAGCUGAUCCGGAUACAUUAAUAACCAUUAAAAAGAAACACAUCGAUGGCACCUCCAGCAAUAAGGCCAAAGUCAAGGGCAUCAUUACCAAAAAUCCCAUACAAACUGGAGCGGCAGCUGGCGACAACAAGUGAAACAAUUUCGCACUUUUGUUCAAGUGCGAAGUAAUAAGAGCUUGCAGUAACAACAAACAAAACUUAUUUUGAUAGUAUUUUACCAUUUUGUUAUGGUUUUCGUUUUUCAUUUUCGUUAACAAUAAUUAACCAACAUAUUUCCGGCUAUCGAUUUCACAAAACAAAAACAAAAAAUGACAUCAUCAAUUGCAAAAACUUUGAUUCGAUUGGUAGUCAAGCAAACUGCAUCCAUAUCCGAUCAUCAGCUCCCUCAACCAGUUCCCGUAUCAGUUUACCUGGGUUGAUUGGGUUUCUGCUUCACCAUAUUCGCUAACCAAAAAUGGGCAGAGAAUUGCGGUCAUACCCUGUGUCCCUUCUGAAAAAAAACAUUGAUUUUAUUUUUUUACAUAUAAACAAAUAUGCUUUGCAUGUAACAAAAAGUGUAAUAUGCAUAUCUUUUUAUUCUCUUGUUUUAUUAAUUUUAAUUAAAUUGUAAUCAAUGUUGUAACAAAUAGUUGGUUCUAAAUAACAAUACAUAUAAAUGAAGCU